AUCGAGUCACAGUCAACAGGCGGCGACAGCAUCGAACCCGAAGCGGAUCAUCCAGCGCAGUUUCCUCAACAAUAUUGCAUUUCAUUUCUGUUUGCAGUUCCAUAAAUUAGACAAUUCCGUUCAAAAAAAAAAAACGUUUUCGCGCUCAAAUUUCGCCGCAGUCGCUAUUUGUUUAGCUAGAACAUUAUUCUCGUACUCCUCUGGGUUUUAGCUCAAGAAAUCGAACAAAAUGAUGAAGUUUGUGCAAAUUCUCGUGUGCUACGGCCUGCUGCUGACCAUGUUUUUUGCCCUGAACGAGGCGCGCCCCUCCACAGCCGAGGCGGGCGCUGAUACGGAUCCAUUGGAGACACCAGACGUUGAGGAUGUGCGCGCCGCCUACGCCGGCUACGAGAUGCCCGCCCAGGCCAUAUAUCCCAACAUACCCAUGGAUCGGCUGCAGAUGCUGUUCGCACAGUACAGGCCCACUUACAGCGCAUAUCUACGCACUCCCACCUACGGCAACAUGAACGAGCUGUAUCGCUCGCCCGAGAGCAAGCGCCAGGUGAGAUACAGACAGUGCUACUUCAAUCCCAUCUCGUGCUUCAGGAAGUAAGUUUCUGGAGAGCCAUUGAACAGCAAAACCAACUAACUUAAAGAGAACAAAACAAAAACAAAAUAAAUAACAGCCCUUUUGAAAAAUUAACAUUUCAAACACGUAAACAUGAACUUGAAAUAUUAUAAAACUAGCCCAAUUCCAAUGCCAAUAUUUAGUGCGUUUAACUAAAGCUAAGACUCAAAAUUCUAUUCAAAUUGUUAAACAGCAACAACAACAACUAAAUGCUUCACAUAAAUAUAUGCUACUUAAUAAUUAUAAUAAUAAACUUUGCACAUAAAUGAGGUUUAUGUUUUUGCACAUGGUUUUCGUUUUCCUUUAAAAAACCUUUGCUUGCAUAUGGUGUGGUAAAAUAAUAUACAAUAUAUAUAUAUAUAUAUAUUUGCAUAAAUUAACAAACGUAUAUUAACAAUAUUUGUGUAACGUUGAAAUUUCCUUUUGUAAAUUAAGUGUUUCAAGCUAUUGUAUAAUACAUAUAUACCAUAUACCAUAUAUUGAAACCGAAAGGAUAAAUGAAUAGAGUCACAC